AUGACUGAGACGGAUGCUACCAAAAGGCCUUUGGAAAUGCCAGAGACUUUUCUUCCUUACUUGGAGAAAUACAGGAUUUAUAAAAUAUUUAAGGACAUGGUUCAGGAUCUGGUGGUGAAUUUGCCCAGAGACCAUUUGAAACACAUGAAAGUAUUUCUCAAUCGCCAUCUUCAUUGUAGCAAGGAUGUCGAUAGAGUAAUAUUGUUGGUGUCCCCAGCUUUGAAUAUUGAUGUACGAAGAUUAGCAAGAGAUCUAAUAAAAGAACUGGGUUUUUUCGUAAUAACUCGUAAUUGCGUGAUGGAUCGCUAUGAAAAGCAUGACGAUUACGUGCCUGGCUGUGUUUCACCGUCCUUGCUUUCGAAAGUAACAAAAUUGAUGACGACGAAAGAUCCUGUUACGCAAGCAGGGUGGCUAAUGUUUGAUCAUCCAUGUACUGUUCGUGAAGCUCGAUGUCUACAACAGGACGGUGUACUUCCUACAGUGACCUUGGUCCUCAUGCCACCACCACCGACCGCUCCGGUCGCUGAGGACCCACGGACACCAGCCAGGACUUUCUUUACACAGGACUUCGAAGGCUUAAAGUUCGCCUACAAAGCGACCUUAAAGGAGGUUCACGUCGAAUCAGAGGAAGCUAUAGAACAUAUAGUGACGAAGUGCGUGAACGCCAUAGCGGCGAGCGCGGCCGGGGCGCAGGGCCCGGGACAGGGCAUUCACGCGACCGGAGCACCCAGCGUGUACCGCGUCAUAUUAAUAGGGCCCCGCGGGUCAGGCAGAAAGACACAAGCAAUGGCUGCCGCUAAGCAUUUUGGUCUCGUGUACUUAAAUUUUGAAGAUUUAUUCAAUGAAGCCCUCGUAAAGAACGACGACAUUGGUGAAAAACUUAGAAAGCACGGUACAAGUGUACAGUUGAAAGCUGAGGUAGUGAGACGUCGUAUAGCACAAAAGGAUUGCAUAGACCACGGCUGGAUUUUCACCGGAUAUCCUGCUAAUGGCGUGGAUUUCGAGUAUUUGGACAACAUGCCGACACCACCGAAUCGUAUAAUAAUCCUGAACACUGAGUGGUCGGUAUGCAAGGCUCGUACACAAAGCCGUGGUGUGGACUGGUGUACGGGUCGCGAGGCGGCGCCUGGGUCGGGGCCACGCGUGCUAAAACAACGUGUGCCACAAAAAGCUUUGGAAGCAGAGUUGGAAACAUAUUUUACCGAGAAUUUGGCUGAACUACGAGCAGCGGCCGGUAUUACAGCAGUAGAAAUAGAUGGCAAUAAGUCAGUGGAUUACGUCCAGGUAAAAGUGCAGGCAGCGAUCAUGGCGGCCCCGACCUUUAAUAUAGAAUAUUGUUCUCAACUGAAAAAUGUGAAAGCAGACGAGUUGGUUAUAUGUGAUAAAUAA